AUGUCACGCCGUAGUAUUAUAGAAAAAAAAACCAUAAAAUCGGAUCCAAUUUAUCGUAAUCGAUUAGUAAAUAUGAUGGUUAAUCGAAUUUUAAAAAAUGGAAAAAAAUCAUUAGCUUAUCGCAUUUUUUAUAAAGCAAUGAAAAAUAUUAAACAAAAAACAAAAAAAAAUCCAUUAUCUAUUUUACGUCAAGCUAUACAUAGAGUAACACCUAAUGUGACAAUAAAAGCACGACGUGUAGGUGGAUCCACCUAUCAAGUACCAGUUGAAAUAAAAUCUGCUCAAGGUAAAGCUCUUGCUAUUUGUUGGCUUUUAAGAGCUUCUAAAAAACGUUUAGGUCGAAAUAUGGCUUUUAAAUUGAGUUAUGAAUUAAUUGACGCUGCUCGAGAUAGUGGAGAAGCAAUACGAAAAAAAGAAGAAACUCAUAGAAUGGCUGAAGCUAAUAGAGCUUUUGCUCAUUUUCGUUAA